CACCAGAAUCUCUCUAUCAUCACUCCAAUGGAUUGGACCAGAGGACCCACCAUUGGCCGCGGCGCCUCCGCCACCAUCUCCCUGGCCAUCGCCUCUACCUCAGGGGAGCUCUUUGCUGUCAAGUCGACGGAGCUCUCACGCUCCAAGUUGUUGCAGAGGGAGCAGUCUUUUCUUUCCCAGUUGAGCUCUGAGCGCAUAGUUAAGUACUUGGGAUCCAACACUACAUGUGAAGGUGAUACGAUGUUGUACAAUGUGUUCAUGGAGUAUGUGCCGGGCGGCGCGCUGUCGGAUGAGAUUCGGCGGCGUGGGAAUAGGCUUGAUGAGGAUUGGAUUCGGUUGUAUACGCGGCAGAUACUUCUGGGGUUGGAGUACCUUCAGUUCAAUGGAUUGGUGCAUUGUGAUAUCAAGAGUGAGAAUGUUUUGAUAAGAGAAGAUGGUGCGGUGAUUGCUGAUUUGGGUUGUGCUAAAUCGGUUCAUGGCGAUGGAGGUGGGUCGGUAUUUUCCGGGACACCCGUGUUUAUGGCGCCGGAGGUGGCUCGUGGCGAAGAGCAGGGGUUUCCAGCUGAUGUUUGGGCUCUUGGGUGCACAGUGAUUGAGAUGGCAACUGGCCGCAAUCCUUGGCCGGAGGUAGAUGACCCAGUGUCCGCGCUUUACAGAAUUGGGUUCUCCGGCGAUGUUCCGGAGUUUCCGAUGUGGUUGUCAGAGAAUGGGAGGGACUUUUUGGACAAGUGCCUGAGGAGAAACCCAAGAGAGAGAUGGACAGCCAAAGAGCUUCUUGAGCAUCCAUUUCUUGAGCCUAAUUCAAAGCAAUUGAAAGAGUUUCCUGUGAAAUCCCCCACAAGUGUGUUGGAUGAUCAAGGCUUUUGGGACUCGCUGGAGGCGCCGGUGACUCCCUCCGUUCUGAUGCACAUAGGUUCUUCAUCAAAUUCUCCAGCUGAGAGGAUCCAGAGAUUGAACGAGGGUGCCUUGUCAUCGGGUUCAAAUCUACCCAACUGGACUUGGGAUGAAGAUUGGGUCACAGUUCGAAGCAACUACAUUGAAGAAAGCGCGAGAUUUUCUGAUAACACCACAACUACAUUGGUCAUGGCUUCAUUUGUCCAUGAAGAAGAGCCUGAAAAUUCAGUUCUUAAUGAUAAUUUGUUCAUCCAAAAUUCUCCAGAAAACAUUAGUAUCAGUAGCAGUUUUAGUACUAGUAAAGCCUUUUUGUUGGCCUACGAAAUUGUUAAUGGUUCCCUUGUGUUAAGAGAUUCAAUUUUCAGAGUGAUAAUAAGAACCUUUUCAUUUGCUACAAUCAAUUUUUGUUCUUUUUUUUUUUUUUUCCACUUUCUUUUCUAA